UAGGCCCGGGAGGCCGGCCGGGCCCGGCUGGGAGCUCGAGCCCCAUGCGCCGCCGCCUCCCCCCAGGAUGUUCCCCUCCCGGAGGAAAGCGGCGCAGCUGCCCUGGGAGGACGGCAGGUCCAGGUUGCUCCCCAGCGGCCUCCCCCGGAAAUGCUCCGUCUUCCACCUCUUCGUUGCCUGUCUCUUAUUAGGCUUCCUCUCCCUGCUCUGGCUGCAGCUCAGCUGCUCUGGCGAUGUGGCCCGGGCAGCCAGCGGACAAGGGCAGGAGACCCCAGGCCCACCCCGGGUGUGCCCCCCAGAGCCACCCCCUGAGCACUGGGAAGAAGACGCAUCAUGGGGCCCCCAUCGCCUGGCAGUGCUGGUGCCCUUCCGCGAACGCUUUGAGGAGCUCCUGGUCUUUGUGCCCCACAUGCACCGCUUCCUGAGCAGGAAGAAGAUCCAGCACCACAUCUAUGUGCUCAACCAGGUGGAUCAUUUCAGGUUCAACCGGGCAGCGCUCAUCAACGUGGGCUUCCUGGAGAGCAGCAACAGCACGGACUACAUCGCCAUGCAUGACGUGGACCUGCUCCCUCUCAACGAGGAGCUGGACUACGGCUUCCCUGAGGCUGGGCCCUUCCACGUGGCCUCCCCGGAGCUCCACCCGCUCUACCACUACAAGACCUAUGUCGGCGGCAUCCUGCUGCUCUCCAAGCAGCACUACCAGCUGUGCAACGGGAUGUCCAACCGCUUCUGGGGCUGGGGCCGCGAGGACGACGAGUUCUACCGGCGCAUCAAAGGAGCCGGGCUCCAGCUUUUCCGCCCCUCGGGAAUCACAACUGGGUACAAGACAUUUCGCCACCUGCAUGACCCAGCCUGGCGGAAGAGGGACCAGAAGCGCAUCGCAGCUCAAAAACAGGAGCAAUUCAAGGUGGACCGGGAGGGAGGCCUGAGCACUGUGAAGUACCAUGUGGAUUCCCGUACAGCCCUGUCUGUGGGAGGAGCCCCCUGCACUGUUCUCAACAUCAUGUUGGACUGUGACAAGGCUGCCACCCCCUGGUGCACAUUUGGCUGAGUUGGCUGGACAGUAAGGAAGGCUGUGCCUGGAUGCCACACUGCUACUCAGGACCAAGACAAAGCCUUAGGCCCUGGGCCCACCUCCAACAGGAUGUGGAGUGGCCUGAAGUAGCAGACAGCAAACCACGUGUUUGCAGCAGCCCAGCCCCCAGAGGCAGGCUUGAGCCGGGACAGGACACACACAGGGUGCCUGGGACGCUGCUAGCAAUAAACAGUGAUGGAAGAGGCUAGGAUGUGGCUCCUGCCUGGGACUCUCUGCCCUGCCUCCUGCUUGCCCUGCUCUGCCCUCCUUCGCGUGCUGAGACCUGCGGGCUUUUGUUCCUUCCCCUGGACCGCCUCGUGCAGAGGUACAGUUUAGAAGCCAGGCCGCUGACGUGGGUGGCCAGGGUGUUUGGGAGGGUCAAAACUGCGGAAACCAGAAUGCAAGCCCCGCAGAAGGGGGAUAGCUGAGGCCAGCUCCAGCUGGUGGUGACUAUACGGUAAUGUGGGCCUAAUGUUGCCAGAUCUUCUGAUUUUUCAGAAGAAACUAGAAUUCUGGACUCUUAAGUGAAAUUGGUUAAUUUUUAAAUGAUAGCAAUGAAUUGAAACUUUUAAAAAGUAUGGCAGGCCAAACAAAAUGUGUUGUGGACCACUAGUUUGUCACCUGUGGCUGAGGGGAAGGGCAUGGGGCAAAAGAUGACACCUCUCUUAGUUAUAAGCUGGCAAGGAGUUGAGGCAGGGCUGGGGACGACAAGACCAGGGGAAGCUCAAGUGGGAGAGAAGCCAGAGGCACAGGUUCCUGUCACCUCCCACAGCCCUCCAGGCUUUGCUGCCCUUCUGGGCAGUCUGACCGCUGG